AAAAAUAAAAAACGAAAGAAAAAGGAAAAGGAAAGAAAGAAAAGUCCUGAGUCCGUCAUUGGGAGAAGAAUAGGAAGAAGAAGAAGAAGAAGAAGAAGAAAGACGGUGGACAGACAAACAGACAGCCAGACAACGAUUGAUUUUUUUUUUUUUUUUUUUAGAAGAAGAAGAAGUUGAAGAAGAAGAAGAAGUGGAGCCCUAAAUCUCAAACCCAGAAUCUCAGCAGAGUGCCGCGUCUGAUUCGGAAUCGGGCUGAAUUCCCGUCCAGGUUCAUUGGUAUUUAGUUGUUUUAUGGCCGAUUGUGAUUUGUAAUUCGUAAUUGAAUUGGGUGAUAUGAUGAUUUUGGGAUUGUAAUAUUGAGAUAUGAAGAGUUGAAAAUUUGGGAAUUGAAGGAAAUUGAAAUUGAAUGAUGGGAUUGGAGUCGGUGGGGGUGAUUGAUGAUUUUGUUAAGUAUUCCAUAUAAUAAAAAAUAAAUAAAAAUUGAAAAGGGCUGGGCUUUCUUUUGUAAUGGAGAUGGAUAGUAAUAGCAAUAGCGACAGUAACAGUAAUGGAGGCGGUGGAGUUGCUGAAUCCGAUUCCGGUGCUGAGGACUUGGUGGAAUCGGAUUCCGGAUGGCGUCCCAAGCACCUCCUAUUCACUCCGUAUUCGCCUCCAACUCAAACUCAAACCAAAUCUCAAUCUCUUCGCGUCGUCGUCAGAAGACCUUUGGUGGCAAGACUAACCAAGGACAUAAUUGAAACAUACCAAAUAUGCAAUCCGCAAUUCAGGUAUUCCGAAGAAUUGAAUCCCAAGAGAUAUUUGACCACCCCCUCCAUUGGAGUCCUGAAUGACGGAUUUGAUAAUGUUAACUCCGAUCUCAUUCUCAAUGUCAACUAUGUCUUGAUUAAUUUGGAAACGCAACGGAGGUAUAUUGUCAAAGACGUUCUAGGCCACGGAACUUUUGGCCAGGUUGCUAAAUGCUGGGCUCCCGAUACCAGCAGCUUCGUUGCUGUCAAGAUCAUCAAAAAUCAAACCGCCUACUAUCAACAGGCUUUGGUUGAAGUUUCUAUUUUGACUACAUUAAAUAAGAAGUAUGAUCCUGAGGAUAAGCAUCACGUUGUUCGUAUAUACGAUUACUUUGUUUACCAACGUCAUUUGUGCAUUUCCUUUGAACUUCUUGACUCAAACUUGUACGAGCUUAUCAAGAUGAAUCAGUUUAGGGGAUUGUCACUGAGCAUCGUGCGGUUGUUUUCGAAACAGAUUCUGCAUGGAUUGGCUCUCUUAAAAGAUGCCGGGAUAAUACAUUGUGAUCUGAAACCAGAAAACAUACUCUUGUGCACAGGUGUUAAGCCAGCAGAAAUUAAAAUUAUUGACUUUGGAUCAGCAUGCAUGGAGGACCGCACUGUUUACUCGUACAUUCAGAGUCGAUACUACAGAUCUCCUGAAGUUCUCCUUGGGUAUCAUUAUAGUACCACUAUAGAUAUGUGGUCCUUUGGAUGUAUAGUGGCUGAAUUAUUUUUAGGUCUGCCAUUAUUCCCAGGAGCCUCAGAAUUUGAUCUUCUAAGGAGAAUGAUUGAGAUACUUGGAGGACAACCCCCUGAUUAUCUACUUAAAGAAGCAAAAAACACAAACAAGUUUUUUAAGUGCAUUGGGAGCGUCCACAAUAUUGAAAAUGGAGAAGUUUCUGCAGGCAUCAGAAGUGCUUAUCAAGCAUUAACAGAAGAAGAAUAUGAAGCUAGAGAGUUGAAAAAGCCAUCUGUCGGGAAAGAGUAUUUCAAUCAUAUGAACCUUGAAGCAAUUGUCACCAACUACCCCUACAGAAAGAACUUGGCGAAGGAAGAUAUCAUUAAAGAAAGUCAAAUUCGUCUAGCUUUGAUUGAUUUUCUAAGGGGACUUGUGGAGUUUGAUCCUGCAAAACGGUGGUCACCUUUUCAGGCUUCAAAACACCCUUUUGUAACAGGGGAACCUUUUACAUGUCCAUACAAACCUCCACCGGAGACUCCUCGCUUGCCUGUUGCUCAAAAUAUAAGGGUGGACCAUCAUCCCGGCGGAGGGCAUUGGUUUGCUGCUGGUCUCUCUCCUAAUAUUCCAGGCAGGAACAGGGUUGCUAUGCAUAAUAGCCCACAUUUCCAAGUGGUUCCAUAUGCACAUACUAAUAGUUAUGGCAGCAUAGGAAGCUAUGGUAGCUACAAUGAUAGUACAGGGCUAGGAAGCAGUUAUGGAAGUUAUGGAGAUACUAAUAGUAUGUAUGCAUAUUUUUCGCCUGUUGGUCCGUCUGGCAUGAACAUGCAUGUACCAGGUAAUGUGUCGGUGCUCGGAAGUAGUCCCGAUUCAAGACGGAGGAUUGUUCAUUAUUCACAUGGAAAUGGAAUUGGCAUAAGUCCAUCGGCAGGGAAUUUUGCUCCAUUGCCCCUUGGCACUAGCCCUUCACAAUUUACGCCACCAAGCUCUUAUGGUCAAGUUUCGGCUGGUUCUCCGGGACAUUACGGCCCAACUUCUCCUGCAAGAGGCAGUUGUCAUGGAUCACCUUUAGGGAAGAUGGCAGCUGUUAGCCAGUUUAACAGAAGAAAAGGUUGGGCAUACCCUGGAGGUUCUCACUCUCAAGAUAGUUCUUCUACAAAUUGGCAAGGGCAAUCUGCUGAUGGCACUAGCUCUAGCCAGACUGAGGGGAACUCGCAACUGCUCGGUAAUUCGCCAUCACAUCCGCUUUCAAACUCAAAUGCUGCAAGGUGGAAGCAUCAUGGAGGAGGCAGUGGUAUCUCUGCUGGUUACCCUGCCAUUCAAAGUGUGCCGGGCUUCUUUGCCCUUGGUUCCAAUAUGCAAUAUUCGCACACAGGAGUGACUCAUGAUAAGCAGGAGAAUAGCCUGGCAUUGCCUGAUCCAGGGGAUUGGGAUCCCAAUUAUAGCGACGAACUUCUUUUGCAAGAAGAUGGUUCGGACUUGAACUGCAUAGCUACUGAGUUCAGCAAAGCCAUGGACCUUGGUUCUGCAGAACCCUCGGUUGAACAAGGAAGAUUCAGCCACAUCUCAGGUACAAGCCAAAGACCAAAUGGACCUCUUCAAUCAUUUUCACGUUUAGAAAUGGGCAGCGUUCCAUCUGAUGCAGCACAUGCUGGAUAUUCUCAUUUGGUGUCAAAACCUUCACAUCUCAUGCCUCAUGCAUCACAAAGUUCUCCAAGCCGUUUGGGCCAGCAACAUCAGCGUUACAGUCACGGGAGACCCAUCGCUGCAGUUAGAGGCAGUGAUUGGAACCCUAUGAAGGUCCAGCCGCCUCCUUCCGGCUAUAAUUCCGGGACAGGAAACAGUUCAUUUGGCAGUAGCAUGUCAUGGGGGCGUAGGGCCAACCAUCCCAUCUCGAGCAUUCCACCACCAGCGUCUCGUGGCAGAAAGGACUACGGAAGGAUUUCCUAAGCUGGGAAACUGCUCCUUCAAAUUGUGUGGUGAGGGAUCAUAUUCUGCAAGUCGACGGCAAAGUUGUUUUGCAAUACUUCUCCUUUCGCCUGCAUAGUGGUCUCGUGCUAAGGAAAUCCUCAUCCAGACCAUGAUCAUUAUUCAUUAUGCACGCAAAGACGUAAUUAUAUGGUUAAUGCUUUGCUAAUCGGUUGUGGUUUUGCGUGCAAUAUUUAUUCUUUUGAUCCUUCAAUGGCCUCAAUUUUUAUAUUUGUUUCUGCUUGCAUUAAAGUAUAAUUUAUGGGUAAUGUUUUGCCUCGUUUUAUUUUUAUUUU